ACGACACACAGAGGAAGAGGAAUUUCCUCGGCAUUACUCUCCACAAAAUGGCGAAGAUUUUGCGUUAAGGGUUACAGUACUGUUUUUUAUAAACCAUUCCGGUUACUGGUCAUUUGUUACAGCAUGCAUUGCUGGACAGUUUAAAUACAAAAUGCAAAGCAGGGACUGUGUCGAAGUUCAGCCCGGCAGGCACAUUCCUGGGCUUUACCUUUCCCUCACAUUAAAUGCUUUGUCACUUUUACACAGUUCUCACCGUUCAGCAGCUGUAUGAAGCUACAUGACUCAGGUGCUUUUUAUUGUAGGCUACAUCAGGAGGAGAUCGAGUGGAAUGAGAAGACUAUUGGUGAAUUAAAGCUGCAUUAAUUUUCUGAUCGGGAAAGUUACAUUUUUAGUAACCAACGUUAUAGAUCAUGGACGCUGCAAAGAAGCAGAAAGUGAUUUAUAUCACCUACCUCAUCGCAGCUUUGGACAUAACUUGGCUCUUCCUUCAGUUCUCCAUAACACCGUAUUUGGCAAGGAGGCUUGGAUUCGACACUAUUUGGUUCGGUUAUCUCCAGACAACCGUUGGAGUGAUUCAGCUAUUGGGAGGUCCUAUAUAUGGAAGAUUUGCAGAUGUGUUUGGAGCGCGUGCAGCUCUAUCUGUGUCCUGCUUGGCUUCAGUGGUUUAUUUCUUACUGCUGGCAGCAGCCGAUAGCACUUUUAUGCUUUUUAUACACAAACUACCUGCUGUGUUCAUGCAUGUAUUGCCAGGAGCUCAAAUGGUGGUAGCAGAUCUGUCAGAGAAGGAGAAGCGAGCUGAUGCUCUCGGGAAACUCGGUCUCUGUUUUGGCAUUGGAAUGAUCACAGGAUCAUCACUGGGUGGGACCCUCAGCACACGCUUUGGGGAAAAGUUUGCAGCAUAUUUUGCAGCCGUAGGGAGUUGUGUGUCUUUGCUGUUGGUGUGGAACUUCAUCCCUAAACAGACAAAAAUACACACUGCGCAGGAGAGUGACAAAAAGGGAUCAUCUAAAUCUGUGUUUAAUUUGGGGGAGAUCACCAGAUUAAUGAAAUAUCCAGGUGUUGCCAAAACAUUUACAGUGAAGAUUAUUUCUGGGUUGCCAACAGGUAUAUUUCAAGUUAUGUUCUCUAUCAUAUCCAUGAACUUUUUUCAACUUCAGCCAGAGCAGAAUGGCUAUUUGAUGGCCUACUUUGGCAUUGUACAAAUGGUGAUCCAAGGUGUUGUAAUUGGGCGCCUUUCUUCUAGAUUUUCAGAAUAUUCUUUAAUGCUGUUCUGUAUUGGGUUGUCCAGUUUAGUAGGAAUUGCAAUGGCUAUGAUGACCAGUGUGUUACACUUUUGUUUAAUCGUGAUACCAAUGAUGUUCUCUCUCAGUGUCUUCAAUGUCAUCACAGAUAGCAUGUUGACCAAGAGUGUCUCUCCAUCUGACACAGGAACCAUGUUAGGUCUGUGUGCAUCGGUUCAGUCUCUCUUGCGAACGGUGGGCCCGACCAUUGGAGGAUUUCUUUAUGAGACAUAUGGGGUGCCAUCUUUCGGAUACAUAAAGUUUCUCAUAAAUGCAACUGUCUUCACCCUUCUGCUAUUCACUGGGGGGCGCUCACAGCCCCAAAGACCAUGAGAUGUGAGAAGAGAGUUGUUUUUAUCAUGCUCACAUUGUGUGAGAGAUAGCAGUUUACAACAUACCAUGGACAUCUAAUUUAAUCACAAAUGAGCCAACUAGUCUCAGUUUUUGUAAAUACCAUAGGAUUUUUGUUACUGUCAAAUAUAAAUAUUUUUUUAUAUUCUGAUAGGGUAAACUUAUUGAUUUUUUUUCCUUUUUAAAAUAAAUGUUAAUAUUCUUUUAUUUAAAGAACUAUACAUUUUAAAGUAACAAUUAUUAUAAUGCUGCUUUAUGAAACACAUGUGAAAGGACAAAUAUGUGUCCUUUUAAUCUUAAUAAUUUUAAAUACCAUUGUAUCUGAGUGUACUGUAAUGAAUUUUCAAUAAAAAUCUGUUAUUUUAUUUCAUUCAA